CAAUUGCAAAUUAUCUUACUGUUUUCAUACCAACUUCGUCAUGAAUUUCCAUCAAAAGUAAACAGUAACAUACAACAAGGUUUUUUUUUAAUGAAAUGUGCUGUACCACAGAGUAACUAUAUUUGAUGUUCUCACACACCAGCACCACCUAUCUUGUCACUUGCCCUUACACAUGGAUUAAAUCGGACCUCAACAUGGGCUUCUCACUCCUACCUGGGCCUGGCAAUGAGACGCUCGUCAAUGUCACAUUCAAAAGUGAGCCCAAUGGAAUCUCCAAGGAGCUCAACGACGUGAGCGCUGGUACAACUACUAUGAUGACGUUUACACGUGAGGACCUCGGUACGGUGCAGUCCAACUAUUGGAUGUGGAUGAGCCUGAUGGGCAAAUCAGGAGAUCAAGAGAUCUUUUCCACUAGUGUGGAAUAUUACCGUAAUCGAGACUUGGACCUCAUUGUCCUGUUUGACAAUUACUACUACCAUUGGCCUGGUAAGACAGUGCAAUUCAGUGUCUUCGGUGUCUACAGAAACAACUUGCCUUACUUGGGACCCUUCAACAUCUCUCUCACGAAUCCAAAUGGAGUCCUGAUGGAGACCUGGCAGAAUGUACAAAAGGAGAGCGGAGUAGCGUCACUGCAUUACCCACUCUCUGCCCAGGCAACACUGGGAAGCUGGUAUAUACAUGUGGAGGCAGGAUCGGACAUUUAUGGUUACAAUUUCUAUGUUCAAAACUACGAUCAUGUGUUCAUUGACGUUGCAUACUUAUUCUAUUUUGACGGAAUUGAAGACGUCUCUGGAUUUAUAUCGGCAUGGUACCAGGGCAAGGCUGUUGAAGGCACAGCAAGAGUCACCAUACAUCCAGACUCUAACCCCACAGACAUCAUAACGCAACACAUUAAUGUAAGCUAAUCAUAACUGAUACAUUCAUGUAGACCUAUACGGCAUACUGUAUUCAGAUUAUUCUCUACAUCUCUCCUCAUCAUUUUAUGUUGAGUCGCUGUCUUCAGUGACUUUUUAAAAGUGUGGAUAUGGGGUGAUUGCGAUCUUAUAAGGCAAGCUUCAAAUGACUUCUGAUUUAACUAGAUCCAUAUUUAAUUUGCAUAUCAUGGUUGAAAUUCGAAGAUAUGUUUCAACAUACAAUACAUAACAUGCAUGAAAUACAUGCUUUGAGCCACAAAACUUUGCUUCAAAGUGGACUUGGCACAUUUUGCAUUUCUAAGGAAAAUGAACUGCAUCCCUUUUUGUACCACGUACCACAAAUGUUCUAAUGUUCCUUUCUCCCACUGAUGAUCAAUUUAUAAAAUGACUGGUUUAAAAUAUAUAAAAUUCAUUUCCACAGCUUCAGAACAUAACUAUUUAUUCCCAACAACCAAUUAUGCUGCUACUCAAUCUUUCCAAGCAUUAAUCAAUCCUGGCUCACUUAAGUGUAGUGACGCAGAUCGGAGACAGUCAUACUUGGAGACACUUCUUUAUUUAACAAGCACCAUCGGGAUAUAUACACACCUUACGUGGGUGCAAACUAUUAUUAUUAAGACCGUCUAUUGUCGACGGCACUACUUAGAACAGUUGGUAGGCAGUCUGACUAACAGCACCCCGGGAUGGUGAAGACGGAGACGACGAGGAGAUGGUGAUGACGACAUGGUGACGACAAUGAUCUUGAACAGCCACGACAGGGAUUCCACUUCCAGCAACAGCCCCGAGCUCCCGCUUGGGGUCCCUUCUUAUACUCCCAAUGUGGCCUUGCUCCGCCCCGACCACGCCCCCCUUCUGGAACCUACUAGCGGGUCCCCGGGGCUUCCCGAUGGGCCCCUUCUGUGACCUAUCCCCUAGAUGUCCCCCUCUCGUAUAUGUCGUGGCCUGCUGACGUGAGUACUGCCGUACACCGCAGUUACCCUUUUCCGCCGGCAGCCAGCGCUAUACCCCUACAUAAGCCUCACCUAACACUUUC